AUGGCCGACUAUACCAUUACCGCCAUUACGGAGAGUCUACCACCGGCAACAGACCCUGUCACAUAUCUGACCAUCCUCGAAACCCACAUGUCCCCAGAGAUUUUGCCAACACUAAACAACUUCCUCCAGGACGCAGAAUUGACGCAGAGCAUCGGCUGGGAUCUCAUCCAAAUUCUACUUCCUCUUUCAGGAUCCGAGAAAUGUCUAGAUACGAUCGCGAGACUGGGGAAUCCUCGCGAGGUGGUUUUGAAGGUCACAGAGGCUUUGCAACUUCUGGAGCUUGAACAGGAGCCUAGGGAAGAGAAUGACGGGGAUGAAGAAGACCAAAAGGACGCGACGCCGGAGCCAUCUUCUAUUCAAAAAUUCUGUAUCCUUGUCGGUCUCCUCGCUAUACUCCAUCCUCGAAUCAAGACGAAACACCCAUCACGAUUUCUCUCGACAUCCUUGAUGGCAAUCCUAUCUGCAUUCCGCCCCUCAGACCAAGCGACCCUUGCCGUUAUUUCCUUCGUGCAUACCGUAUCGGGGAAAAAGCGUCCAUCUCUGCCGGGUCGAAAGUCAAGUUUGGCCAUAACCACAGUAUUGAAUAGCUCGUCAGCGGCCACGUCUGCACCAGACCCGGAGGCUCAAGAUGAGGACCCAGAAGAGGCAGCGAUACAAGAGAAGCUGCUGCAGUCGUUUGUUACACAUUUACUGGAGGAAUACAUCAAUUCGAACACCUUGGACUGGGCAGCCAGGCUACAAGAACAAUUCGCCCCUCGAAUGGUAGUUCCGAAUAGAAAGAGUUUGGGCCAGUCCUUUAAAGAUGAGCCCGCGCUUGAGAUCAGGUCUACCAUUGUUGGGCAGAUAGUAGCUUUAUCGCGGGAUCUGGGACUCUCAGAUUUCGCGACUCUCUUUGAUGCCAUUUACAAGACUGACCUAAACCCUGCCGAAGAAACCGAGUUUCCUUCGUCACCAGGGGAAAUACCACUAUCCCUAGCAGGCGCCCUAUUCCUAAUAACAUCAUUCGUCUUCUCCUCAAUUCUCUUCGAGUCCAAAAUACAACUUCCAAAACUCGCAAUUUUUCCCGAUCACGCCAAGCUUGUCCAGAAAUUCAUAGGAACCAAUGGACCCGCUGGUAUUGGAAGUGAAGAUGCAGGAGUUAUUGAUGCUGUUCUGGCUCUUGGGCUCUGGCUUGAACACAACAACAAUUUCGUCUCUGGCCCGCUUGAAGACGAGGAAUUCCUUCAGCACCUUCAGUCCAUAUCCUUACUCUCCGCUAACACUCCCUCCCCAACUCAAAGAUAUGCUGCUCACGUUCUUACGUCUUCAAUUCUGCAUGCGCACCCUGUUGAUCGUUUGCGUUUAACGUUUAUCUGUGAUACGUUGGAGCACUGUCCGUACGAGCCCUUGAAAGGAUCAGCGGUGUCUUGGUUGAAAGAAGAGCUCAUUACGGCGAGUAGCAGGAAGUCAGAAAACGUUUUCUCGACUACCGUUGCACUCGCAGCUGCCAAGCCAUAUCUAUUUCCGGAUACGUCACCACUAGCCGAUGCGCCUGAAAAGGAACUACUGCAAGAGCUGGAGCAAUCUUUCCCAUUUCAUAUGGCUGUAGUAAAUUUUCUCUACUUUAUUGGCGGAAAGAAUUAUUCGCAUCUGGUCCCAGCGGGCAUGAUGACCGUCGUUGAGGAGAUUUAUCUAGGUCCUUUAAAGGCGGCUCAGGAGAAGGGGUUGAAGGCCUUGAAACCAAGUCCCGAAGCUCUUGCACAUGUCGGGGGGUCGAAGAUGGAUUUGCAGCUGCUGGGAGACAGAAUUGCGAUGUGUGAGGCGCAAAGCGAUUCAUGA